AUGGCAUUUGACUCCGCUAGCCGUUUGAUACUGCUGCUGCUGCUGUCUCUGAGCUGGCGCACAUCCACGGCACUCCCGGUGCGCACGGGUCUGAGCGGAGAAAAGUGCGCAGACUGCUCUUUGCUCUUUAAGAAACUCCUCCUGAAUAUUACAGGACUCCUCAAAGAUAGGGAGUUGUUCCAUAGAAUUGACACUGAUGCAGCUGUGGUUAUCAGUCAAACUGAGACAGUACUGGCCUGCGCACCCACUCUGACUCAGAACUCAACCUGCAUGAUGCAAAGAAAUUCAACUUUCAGUGAGAGUGAAUGUCUGGGGAACAUCAUGAAGGACUUGGCCUACUAUUCUGCUGUUAUUCAGUCCUACACCAACUCCAAACUCAGACUGCCUGAAACAGUAGUGCCACUUCUAAAUUCAACUUUGGAAAUAAUACAGAGCCUGAGGAAGAGCUGCUCCCUGACGCCAAAUGGAGAGAACAACAUUCCAGAGGAUGUUGGUGCACCGAAGUGGGAAAACAGCUCAUACGAAAACCGACAACAGAUGUUUAAAAUGAUGAAGGGCUUCCAGGUCCGAACCAUCACCAUCAACAGAGCUCUGGGCUACAUUUCCUCAGGAGACCACAGGAAGUAGACGUCAUGCAGCCCCUUCCGCAUCAUCACCACCAUUUACAACUUCCGACCAAGUAGUCCUUUACACUGCAUAACAAUAUUUAUUUAAAUUAUCUAUUUAUAUUUACUUAUUUAUUUGAUGG